CGCCCGGCCAGGAUGCGCCGAGAAGACCCCCGGCUCCCGCUGCCGCCGCCGCUCUUGGCGCUGCUCCUGGCGCUGGUGCCAGGCAGCCCGGCCAUGGAGGUGACGGCUCCGGCCACCAUCUACGCCCUGAACGGCUCCUCCAUCCGCCUCAGCUGCACUUUCAACUCCUGCUACCAGGUGGAAAAGAAGCAGUUCUCCCUCAACUGGACCUACCAGAGAUGUGACAACUGCACAGAAGAGCCAAUCUUGCAGUUCAAACUGAAGGCGGUUCCCAUGGAGCUGAAUCGCUUUGGGGAUCGCGUGGAGUUCACCGGGAACCCCACCAAGAAUGACGUCUCCUUUACCCUGCAUGACGUGCAGCUGGACGACGAAGGGACCUACCACUGCUACGUGAUGAACCCGCCCGACCGUCACAAGGGACAUGGCAGGAUCAGCCUCAGGGUCAUCACGGAAGAGCCCCCCGAGCGCGAUUCCACCGUGGCAGUGAUCGUGGGAGCCACAGUGGGUGGCUUCCUGGCCGUGGUGAUCCUGGUGCUGGUCGCGGUCAAGUGCGUGCGGCGGAAGAAGCAGCAGCGGCUGAACACGGAUGACCAGAAGACGGAGGAUGAGGCCAAGACGGAUGGUGAAGGCAACCCUGAGGAAGGCACCAAGUAGCGGGCGCCCUCCACAGGCCAGCCCCCGCCUGCCCCCCACCCAUGCACUGCCUCUGAAGCAAGGAUGCCACCCACAGGGUCAGAGAUCUUGAGGUCCCCUCUAUGCCCCACCCUGGCCCCACAUAUCCCCCUGACAUAGUGCUGCCUAGCUGGGCAGGGCUGCAGCAGAACCGAGAGCCUGGCCUCAUGGAGUGCUUGUCUCU